AUGGCCGCAACUGGAGAAACUUCACAAAUUCCGCAAGCCAAUACAAGCGCUCGUGAGAGCAGAGUAGCGACCCAUUCGCAUAUCCGUGGUCUCGGUUUGCAAGAAGAUGGCUCUGCUGUUGUUGGUACUGGCUCUGCUGGAUGGGUUGGACAGACUACGGCAAGAGAGGCCUGUGGUAUCGUCUCUGAUAUGAUCAAACUUCGCAAGUUCUCAGGAAGAGCACUCUUACUCGCAGGUGCACCAGGUACCGGUAAAACUGCACUUGCUCUGUCUAUUUCACAUGAAUUGGGCUCUAAAGUCCCCUUCUGCCCGAUGGUCGGUUCAGAAGUUUACUCAUCCGAAGUGAAGAAGACUGAAGUGUUGAUGGAGAACUUCCGUAGAGCCAUAGGUCUCCGCGUAAAGGAAGUCAAGGAGGUCUAUGAAGGCGAAAUCUCAGAGUUGACGCCUGUCGAAGCAGAGAACCCAUUGUCUGGAUACGGAAAGACCAUCAGCCAUGUGGUUAUAUCACUCAAGACUGUCAAAGGUACAAAGCAGCUCAGAUUGGACCCAUCUAUCUAUGAAUCAAUUCAGAAGGAACGCGUUUCUGUAGGUGAUAUCGUUUACAUCGAAGCCAAUACUGGUGCUGUUAAGCGCGUCGGUAGAUCUGAUGCCUAUGCAACAUCAUUCGAUUUGGAAGCAGAAGAGUAUGUACCUCUGCCAAAAGGAGAAGUACAUAAGAAAAAGGAAGUCAUUCAAGAUAUAACUCUGCAUGAUCUUGAUAUGGCAAAUGCUAGGCCACAGGGCGGUCAAGAUGUGAUGAGCGUAAUGGGUCAAUUGGUGAAGGGUAGACGAACUGAAAUAACUGACAAACUGCGUGGUGAAAUUAAUAAAGUCGUGAAUAGCUACAUUGAGCAAGGUAUAGCUGAAUUGGUUCCCGGUGUUCUCUUCAUUGAUGAAGUGCACAUGUUGGAUAUUGAGUGCUUCACAUACCUCAACAGAGCUCUUGAGAGUACGAUAUCACCACAUGUCAUUUUGGCAACCAAUAGGGGUAUGUGUACUGUCAAGGGAACGGAAGACAGCGGCGGCGACGGUAUCGUUUCUCCUCACGGUAUACCAACAGACUUAUUGGACAGAUGUAUGAUCAUUAAGACCACUCCAUACAGCAAGGAAGAGAUGAAGGUUGUCCUGAGCCUUAGAUCCAAGGUCGAAGGUUUGAAAUUGGGAGAGGCUGCACUCGAUCAAUUGGCUGAGAAGGGUGCAAACACAUCGCUGAGAUAUGUCUUGCAAACACUGACUCCAGCUUCAAUCCUUUCCAAGAAUAGUAACAGGGCAGAGAUUUCUCCAGAAGACGUGUCUGAGCUGGAUGAUCUUUUCAUUGACGCAAAGACUUCUGCAGACUUCACUGCUGCCACUCGCCAACCACAUUCAUCCUAG